GCAGUGAACCGUGUACGAGAAUGAAAGCGGCAGGCGCGUGCCGUCACGAACGCUGCUGUGUCGACGCAAGUGCACAUUUCCUCUGAAAAAGAAAGAGCUGUUAAGUCGGUGGGUAGCCAAUAUGAGGCGAGUGCUGGCUUCUCUUCUGGCUGUGUGCGUGCUGGUAGCCGUGGUGACGGCGGCCCCCACCUGCCCGCAGUACGACGGCUCCACGCCCGUCUUCUUCCCUGACGAGAACGACAGCAGCAGCUUCUACGAGUGCAGCAACGGCAGGUCCGUCCACAUGGCCUGCCCCACUGGCACCGUCUGGAACUCCAACAUCAACACCUGCGACUGGCCACAGUCCAGGAAGUAGAAGGCACCGGA